AUGGAAAGCACAAGCGCCACAGGUCGACGACGAAACAAUACACGAGUGAAUGCAGAGGACAACGCGCUAGAUCAAAUCACAAAAGAGGCCGAAGCACGCCUUGCCGCACGCCGCCAAGCCCGUGCUGAAGCUCGCGAGAUACGUAUGAGAGAGCUUGAACGCCAACAAAAAGAACAGGAACAAAAUGCUGAUCGUGUAUUUGAUAUGCAAAACUCGAGUACCAGUUUCGGCAGUGACUCAAUCUCAGCACAUCCUGCACGUCUCAUUCUUGGCGGACUAUUAAAUAUUACUCGAGCCACGGCAUCCCGACGCAGUAGUGAAGAUUCUUUGGAGGAUGAAGGUAGAAGCUUACGUGACUUCAAAUAUGAGCUUAAAGAUGUCGAAGAACGUUUUCGGAAAGCUAUGAUAACAAAUGCACAGCUUGACAAUGAUCGUGCCUCACAAACGUACGAAGUAAAAUUGCUUAAGGACAAAUGUGAAACUAUGCAAGAGGCAUUCGCACAGCUGCAGCGCGAGUUUAAAGAGAAAACGCGUGACUGCAACGCUAUUAAGCGAAACUUAGAUCGUACCUCUCUUGAGCUUAAAUUAGUUCAAGGUCAGCUUAGCGAGCGAGAUUCAUUGAUUGCAGAACAGGGUCUUCUGAUUGUUGCAAUUGAAAAUGCUGAUGGCAGUGAUGCCAAGCGAGCUCUAGUCAGUGUUGAAAAUGCUAAUGUGUUGGCAUCCGUUCAGGGUUCUUUAGAUGUAAGAAUACAAAAAUUGUGCGAUGAAAAACAACAAUUACUAUCUGAAGUACAGAAGCUGCAAAAAAUGAUUAAAGAGUAUAAAAGCGAAGGAAUUGUAAGGCGUGGCAGUUCGUCACCGUGUCCCUUUGGUAAAGACAACGAUUAUGAGGCUCAAAGGGAAGCAAACAAAAUCAUAUCAGACUAUAAGUAUAAGUUACAAAAGGCUGAACAAGAAAUGGCUAAUCUACAAUCGAGCUUAGCACGUUCAGAGACGCAAGUUAUUCGAUAUAAAAGCACCGCAGAAGCCGCUGAGAAGUCGGAAUCAGAAUUAAAAUUGGAACGCCGCAAGCUACAACGUGAGCACCGUGAAGUUUUGGAAAAACUGGAAGAAGCCGAGACGGCUAAUAACCAUUUAUUGAAACGACUUGACAAACUAAAAAAUGCGAAAAGUGCCAUUCUUAAGGACCUAUGACCGAAGAUAGUAAAUCGCAUAGAUAUCAUCAACCCCAGAAACGACGGAGACGCGAUCGAGGAUAUCUAAAACAACACUUUAUCAAUAUAACAUAAAUACUGCAAGUAAAUUGGACGAUAGCGCUGUUUAAAUAAUCAUAAUUGUAACAUAAUUGUAAUUAUUUUUAAAGACACAUUAAAAAUUUGUAAUUAAAUAACAUCUUAAAACCAUAUAAAAGUAAGCUUUUUAUACCGGGUAGCUGUUUAAAAUAUUGAUAUGCCAAGCACGAAAAAUAAGUAAGAUGGAAAUAAUGUGCUCAUAUUGCUUUUGUUAUUAUAGUCCAUAGCCGAGGAAAGAGUUAUUGAGAAUUUCGUAAAAUGCUGAAAAUUAAAUUCUUCGAUAAAUAGAAAAAGAAAAAUUCUAUUAUUCUAAAAAAUUCUGUUACGUUUAAGAAGAACAGUUUAAGAACAGACCUCUUACGGAGAUCUGAUAUUAAUCUUUACCAAUUGGACUGACAUCGUCAUACUAUUAAAUGGAGGUUAUGUUAUCCAAAAUUGAUGACAAUCUAUUAAAAUGUACUUACACUGGGCGUCAUCAGAUUAGCGUCCCAUUGAACUUAUUCUCAUUGAUUUUUUGAUUUCCCAUGUUAUCUGAACCAUUUAAAGUUAAUUUAAGUUCUCCUUAAAAAAGAAGAUCAAUAACUACUUAUAAUCGAAAAAGAUAUUUUAAUUAGUGUUUAAGUAACGUAUGGAUAAAAAAUGUAAAGUUAAUUUGGGAAACAGUAUAGCGCCCAAAAAUGCAAGUUAAGCUAUCCCGCUUAAUUCGGUAAGCUUGAUCACCAAAUUUGUUAUGUUUAUUGAUUAGUUGCUUAAAACUCACUUAAAAUGUAAGGGAAAAGGAAAAAUAAAAAAAUGUCGCUUUUUCGAGACGGAACUUGA